AUGCUGUACAUUCUAGUAGAGGAGGAGGAGAGGUCCACUCAGAACCUCCACCUCCGCCCCCGUGUGGUCACCAUGGGCAGCGGUGCCUGGGUCAUGCCGGGGCAGCUGGAUAUUGUGAGGAAGAGGCACUCAUCACAUCCUAUUCAAAUGCUCAUCUGGCAGCAGGCUCCUGUCUCAGUGUCUGCUGCGAUGUCCAGGCGGCGUGUCACAGAGAAGGACGGACACCCUGACGCCUUCCUCAUUUAA